AUGCUUUGCUCUUAUAAAUAUUGUGGUUUAUCCAAUAAAGCCUAAUCCGAUGGUGUUAUUUAAUGUCCUUUAUGUUAUUAAAUUAGAUAUUGUUCAUAAAGAUGUAAGGAUCUUGAUUGGUAUUAAAAUGUUGUUAAUUUUAGGACUAUAUCACAUAAAUUAAAUUGUAAAGGAAAAUAAGUGAAAUAAACAGAUAUAAAUGAUACUUAAUCUACACUUAAAUCUAUUGGCAAAAAUAUUGAUGAUUUCGAAAUUAUAGUUAAAGAUGGGAAAUCUGAAUUAGGAAGAGGUAGUUAUGGUUAAGUCAAAUUAGUAAAAGAUAGAUAAAAUGGAUAAUUAUAUGCUAUGAAAAUUGUAAUUAGAUGUAAUAUAAAAAUAGUUAAAUAAAAAAAGAAUAUUUGAGUAUUGGUCAAUAGAAAAUCUAAAGAGAGAAAUUAAAAUUUAAAGAAGAUUAGUUCAUCCUCACAUUGUUAGAUUAUAUCAUUAUUUUGAAGAUAAAGAGAAUGUCUAUUUGAUUUUAGAAUUAGCAGAAAAUGGGAGUUUAUUUUUAUAUAUAAGAAAAAGAAAAAGAUUACCAGAAAAAGAAGCAUUUGUCUAUUUUUUUUAAACUUGUUUAGGAAUUGAAUAUUUACAUAAGAAGAAUAUAUUGCAUAGAGAUUUAAAACCAGAAAAUUUAUUAUUGGAUAAAUAAGGAAAUAUAAAAGUAUGUGAUUUUGGUUGGUCAGCUGAAACCAAUUAAUAGUCAAAAAGAACAACUUUUUGUGGUACUGUAGAUUAUAUGGCUCCAGAAAUGUUACUUAAUAAACCUUAUGAUUUUAAAUUAGAUAUUUGGUGUUUAGGAAUAUUAUUAUAUGAAUUAAUUCAUGGAUAUGCACCUUUUAAAGGAAAAACUAAUCAAGAAAUAUGUCAAAAUAUUAUAAAUUUAUAAACAAUAGAAUAUAAUCAAAAUUGUUCUUUUGAACUUAAAGAUCUUAUUUGCAAUAUUCUUAAAUUUAAUCCAGAAGACAGACUUUCUUUAUUUCAAAUAUUUGAACAUCCAUUUAUGAAGAAAAACUAUGAAAUUUAUGGAAUUGAUUUAAAUUAAUAUUUAAAUAAAGAAGAAAAAAUUGACAAUAGAUCUUUAUCUCCAGUUUAGGAAUAAUUAAAAACAAAGUAACAUUUAAAUAUUUAUUUUAAAAAAUAGAAAUUUUACAUUGCCUUAACACAAAUCAUCUCAUGAAUUAAACCAUCCUCGAAUAUAGCAAAAACUUUCGAUUACAUAAAAUAAUUCUGUAGUUUAAAAUUAUAAAGUUUUAAAUUAACCAACUACUGGAACAUCUACAUCUAUUUCAACUGUAUUAAAAUCAUUUAAUUUUAGUAUUCUCAAGAGGAUGAAAUAAAGUCAAGAGUUAGUAGGGUUUCUUAAAGACAAUAAUUAGCAUUAUAAUAAAGAGAAAUUGGUUCAAUAAGACAAAAUAAUAGUGAUCUUGGAUUUAUGGAUAGAGUAUUUUAAGCUUUAGGAUGUUUAAAUAGAGAUAAGUAGUAAUAAAAUUAAUAAUUUUGA